AGCAGUGAUGGAUGCAGGCAGCCUUCCAAGACGCGUAUGAAAGUGCCUCAAGCUCUUAUUUCAAGAUGAGAAAAACAAGCACAAAUUGAUUGGUGAAAUCUAAUCCAUGGCUUUUGUUUGUUUGUUUUCCAUACUCUAAUAAGUGAAAGGCAGGGCAAAUUUGCUUUGAUUUGUGACUGGAGUGCUCAGGUUCCUUUGCUUUGAAUCCUGAUUGGGUUUGGGGGAAACAUCCAGAGCUUCAGGGGUUUCAGGGAUUACCUGUUGACUCUCAUGUUUGGAGGAGGUGAAGAGUGGUGCAAACAAGAUUUCUUCUGCUUUUCUGUGUGUGAAUCAGCGUAAAAUGGAAAGAGGAAGAAGGCCUGGUUGCUGACAGUGCUUCCUGCUCUCCACAGACGGUGCCAACGCUCAACGGCAGAGUCAUUCCCUGCAAGACGGGAUGACUGCGGCAGCUCCGUGGCGCUUGGCAGCUCUGGGGACUCUGAUAGCCAGAAUGGACUGUUAUCUUGAGAACUGAAGGCCAGAUGUGAGCUUGGCAGAAUUCCUUUAUCAAGUCCUAUUUUAGGUGGUUACUUGUUUAAUUCCGAAGGUCGUACUGAUCAUGGACAGUGAAGAAAUCCCAACUUUUUCAAGUCCAAAGGAGGAAACUACAUAUUGGAAAGAGCUCUCCUUGAAGUACAAACAAAGCUUCCAGGAAGCUCGUGAAGAGCUGGCUGAAUUUCAGGAGGGAAGUAGAGAAUUGGAAGCUGAGUUAGAAGCUCAGCUGGUGCAAGCUGAGCAGAGGAACAGAGAUUUGCAAGCAGAUAACCAAAGACUGAAGUAUGAAGUGGAGACAUUAAAGGAGAAACUGGAGCACCAGUAUGCGCAAAGUUACAAGCAAGUGUCGUUGUUAGAGGAUGACCUGAGCCAGACGCGUGCCAUCAAGGAUCAGCUCCAUAAGUAUGUGAGGGAGCUGGAGCAGGCCAACGAUGACCUGGAGCGUGCAAAGAGGGCAACAAUAGUUUCAUUGGAAGACUUUGAACAAAGGCUGAACCAAGCCAUUGAGAGAAAUGCAUUUUUAGAAAGUGAACUGGAUGACAAGGAGUCGUUGGUCAUUUCUGUGCAGAGAUUAAAGGAUGAAGCGAGAGACUUACGGCAAGAGCUUGCAGUACGGGAGAGGCAACAAGAAGUCACCCGAAAGUCAGCGCCAAGUUCUCCAACUCUGGACUGUGAAAAGAUGGAUUCGGCUGUCCAAGCGUCCCUCUCCUUGCCGGCUACACCUGUUGGAAAAGGAUCCGAAAAUAGUUUUCCUUCCCCUAAAGCUAUACCAAACGGAUUUGGUACCAGUCCCCUUACGCCUUCCGCUAGAAUAUCUGCACUCAACAUCGUGGGAGACCUGUUACGGAAAGUGGGGGCCUUAGAAUCCAAAUUAGCUGCUUGCAGGAAUUUUGCAAAGGACCAGGCAUCACGGAAAUCCUACAUUUCAGGGAACGUUAACAGCAGCCUGAUGAACAGUAAUGGCACGAAGUACCCCCACCCUGGGCACACUUCUUUCUUUGACAAAGGGGCAGUAAAUGGCUUCGAUCAAGGACCCCCUGGACUGGGAGCAUCCCGACCAUCCUCAGCGCCUGGCAUGCUCCCCCUGAGCGUAUGAGCCCGCGGAAGGUCGUGUUCGGACUUGCGGGUGCUUUUCUCGGCCCACUAAGAGAAGAACUACUCCCGGUUCCUCCCCAUUCCUGCCCUGCUGGAACACGACCCGCGCCGUGCUGCCCAAGGAGCCCCUGUAUUCACGACCCUCCGUGUCCUGUUAAUGAAGUUCAUUAUUUCUCCCAUCGUGGAUGGUCUCUGAUGUGGCCCCACGGCCUGUGCCACACAAGCGGAGUUGCGCGGUGCUCCGUUUCAGGGGAUGCAGGGGUCUUGCUCGCCAAACCGCAGCCAGGCAGCCCUUGGCCCCUUGCUUUAUCUCUUCUCUAACUUAGGUUUGGCACAACGCAAGUGUUGGCUGCUCCUCUUCUCCCUGCCUGCUCCAGCAUCCUGCUGCUUAGGAGGUGCGGCCGCUGGCCUCCCCGUGCAGCUCAGACCUCAUGAGUGGGACCCUGGAUGUGGUCGUGUUGUGGUGGCACUUUGGACAUUGGCACCUGGGAAUUGGAUCUGGGUAUGUGGCUCGGUUACUGCGGCUCCAUGAACGACAGCCGGGCAGGCUGGCGAUUGUGGCUGCCGGUGCCUGUUCCCAUCCCGCCUCCGCUGGAGCAGGCAGGGGAGAAUGCGCGUCUCCUGCAGCCUUUCCUCAGCUCCGGCUGUGCCGGUCAGGGCUCCGGGAGCAGGCAGGGAGCUGCUGGUGCCGGCACACUGGGGAUGACUGGCACAGCUACUGCACUCGUCAGCCACAACACCGGAUGCCUUGGCGCGAGGCGGAUGUGCUCUCCCUCAGCGUUCCUGUGCCCACGCGACUGGGAGACAGAACACAUCUGGAUGCUGCAGUGCUGAUGGUGCCUCCAGCUGUGUUCCUGUGGCACAGCCUCAGGCCCGCCGUCCCCGGCCCUCCCGCCCCUCCGCAGCAGGGAUGCCACAGGAGCGGCUGGAAGCCACUCAUCCACCGGGCCAUAGUCCCACGCCCCCCUCCCUGCAUCCAUCACAGCCGUGCUCUGGUCUGACAUACGUGACUGGAUGUUGCAGCGUCACCUCCAGGCUUCUGUGACAGUUUUGGGUGACUGUGUCCGUGUGGGUCUGUGUGUGGUUUUCCUGUCUAUGUGCCUCCGAGUCGGUGGAUUUUAAAGUGAGCCAGCAAGUCCCGGUGGGGUUUGAGCAGUGGGGUUGGAAAUCAUCAUUCCCUGCCUGCUCCGUCGCAUUCCGGUGGCUCCCGCAGCCCUCAGUUGGUUUAUUCACAAUCAAACCCCUUGGACCCCGCAGAAGGGAGGUGGGACCCCCCUGCUGUUUGGGAUUGUGUGGCCGCUCCUUCCCUCCGCACCCUCUGCUGCAUCCGACUGUUUACAUUUGUUUUACUGUACAUAGGGUUGUAAACAUGAACGCCUUGGCCCGAGCACUCUGUACAUAACUUGGGCUUUGUAGCUUUAUUUAUUCUGAACCUCUCUGGCAUGUGUCACUAGGACGGUGUCCCCCACUGUGGCGGUGACACAGGUCACGGUGUGGGUUAACAACAACAACGUGAGAGUCAUCUUCUAAAAAUAAACUUCUUCUAAUGUGGAAU